AUGAGCUUCAGCAACCUUAGCGACGACGUACUUCUUGAGAUUGGAUUCCACCUGGAUUAUCGCUCGUUACUCUCGUGGUCCCAAGCGUCGCGUCGCUAUCAUACCCUCUUGUCGCGUAGCAAGUCCCUUUGGAUCUCUGUAGCAAGGACCUGGGAUGACGCUGGCAAACCACUCCCUCUACCCGUCCAUCUUACCGAAGACACCCUGACCGCCGCAGCCAUUCGGACGGCAAUAAAACACGCCUCAAAACUUCAUCACCACCUAAAUAUCGGUCAUUUUGAUGCCAGCUUUUUCGGACCGCAGCCGCUCCACGUCUCGGACCAAUUUCCUGGUUCGUGGUUUGGAACUGAGAACGGGCAUAAAACUAAUUUUGGGGCCGUUGAGGGACCGGACCUGGCGCUUCUAAUUCUCAGCGACGGGGGACGUGAACAUAUUCGAUAUAUCGCGAUAUAUCAAGUCAACCCUCUUCGGAAACUGGCCAUAUGGGAUUUGGGCUCAGGCGACCUGCAAGACUGGAACUUUACCUGGGCCUUUGUGGAGGGUAGAUACAAAAGACUAGUGUUUGCAGCCAGUAUCCGCCGGCCGGGUUGGGUGGACAAGUCUCGGCGAAACUCGCUCGAGGUGCGGUCACUUGACAUUGAGGAUUACCUCACGUCGGGUGCGUUACCAGAAUUCAGAACCUGUGCACAAGUCUUUUGGAAAGACGCAUUCACACGUGUCGAUUUGGGGGACACGAUUGCGACCGGUCUCGUCUUCGGCAACGGGCUCGCGACCGUUAUCACUUGUUUGAACUGGCGGACAGGCGACGCAUUCAGUAUCAUGGUCGACGGACUCGGUCUCGAAGAGUUCAAAGGAGUAGAAGAUUAUAGUCAAGAGGUCCAGUUCAAACGACAGAUGCCAAGCUACGCUCAUGUACUUGUGCUGAAUGACUGGGUCGGAAUCUACCAAAUUGUCGGCAGCAAGACGCUCCGUUGUCUCUUCUUCCCGACCACGCCAUCGAUACCCACAGUACGGUUAUUACCUGGGUAUCCACCAUUCCGGAUCAAGCACCAGAAUCCUGCCGUGGGGUGUAAUCCGAUAGGGCCUGAAGAGCUCAUUCCGCUCUGCCAGAUGGAACCGGUGAGGACGAACCAGCACUGUGGCUGCGUUCACAGGCGCAUACAAAUGUCGAUACGAGCCGACGAUGUCGAAGAGGAGGAUAUGGCCGUGUUCGAUUUCGAGCCGGUCGCAAAUGAGCUUGGAACAAUCGACUUUGAACGAAUCUACUCCGAACUCAUGCGUCCCAACCUCUGUCGACCAGGCUAUCAUUCCUUUGAGGAUCGAGUAGGGGUGCAGACUCACCUUCCCUUUGCAGAGGGUGUAUGGGGAAGUCUCGUAGGCUCGUUUGGUACUGCAGUCGCAUACUGGAAGUCCCAAACGUUAGGCGAAAAUGGAGAGGUUGAAGAGCACCUGAUCGUGCGGAGACUGCCCGAUCCAAAGCACGGUAAUCUCCCUGUGCGAUACACCCGUGCUUUUGUCUCGCUGAUGAAGGGUGACUCUGUGCAGUCGUCUCUCCGCGUUUGUGCCUUUGACGAUGCGAUGGGUAAUCUCUCUCUGGUGGACGACGAUGGUGAGCUACUAUGGUUCCUACAGCUGCUGGAUGAUCCCGAUCGUUUAUAA